AAAACAUCUGCGCCUCGACGUUUUCCUCCUGGCAGGUUUUGCUUUCGCUUCAGUGCUUCCUUCUGAUUGAGAAAAUGGCUCGUAAAAAAUUGUAAAGUUUUUGAUCAAAUAUAAUUUGUAUGUUUUCGUCGUUUUCGUCGUUUGAAAGUUCCAAAUAGGUACUAUUGUUCGACAUUCAGGUAAGGAGGUACCACCACAGGAUAUUACAUAUUGCAGGCAUUGCAAAAACAGAGGUAAACAUUUAUAUGCAGAGAGAUGAACACUUCUUCGAAUAACGCUGCAUCUGCAGGCGGGGAGGACAAUUUAUCGUCCGGUGGACCACACAAGUCGAAUAAAACGAACGUUUGUUUAAUUUGUGGCAUAUACACAAACCUCUCGGUUAACAUCUUUGAACCUCGGAGUGGCCCGGAUAUACGUGAAGUCAUCUACCAAAAGUACAACUUUAAGGCAGAGCGUAAUGACAACGAGGACAAAUAUAUAUGCUACAGUUGCAACAAUUGGUUGAUAAACUGGUAUUCGCUACAGUGUCUCUCUGAAUCUCAAAACUAUGAACCGUCAUCAAGCCGAUCUCAAUCAGAACAGCGUAACAAACGGUCAAAAAACGGGCGAUCAAGUGGUGGUCCAAGCAAAAAUAAAGAGAACGUUGAACAAGAUAAUCACAUAACAUCAACGGUCUCUAUUCCUGGAAAUAAAAUGUAUUUACCAAAGAAUAAGUCUAAAAAACCUAAACGUUAUGUAUUAAAUGAACCUGUUCAAGGAAAUAUGAUCUCACAUAGUAGUAAAACUUUAGUCAAAUCAUUUGAAUAUAAUCUCAUAAAGAUGUUAGAAUGUCAAGGAACCAGUGUAACAAAAGAGAGCAUGUCUGCUUUUAAGACUUCAACGCGUCAUAAUCAGCUCAAGAAAUCUUCCUAUACAGAUAAAAUAAAAACAACAAAUGAAGAGCAAAUACAACAACAGUCCAAAAGUAAAGAAAUUAUACUCAGUUUUAAUAGUGCCAUUUCGGAAGUAGUAAACCAUGUACCAUCACUUAAACAUUUAUACAAUAAUGAUUUCGAAAGAGUUUCGCCAUUGGAUGAGCAGAAGAUGCUUCUCUGCUUAGAAAGGUUAUCGGAAUCACUUUCAGUAUCUCUUCUGAAUUCGGAUUCUGAUAAACUAUAAAUUAUUAUCGUUUGCAAUUAGUAAUGCAAAUUACCUAUCUACAAUUUGUUAUUCAUAAUGGAGCUAAUGUUUUACAUCACCUGAUUAGACAAGUCAAAAACAAGGAAAUAACGUUCACAUCUUCGGUAUGCAACAUGUGUCAGCUAACUGCUUGUUUAUAAAUAAGAUAAAUUCUCAAAAUAUAUUAGCAUUAACGUAAAAACAAUUUACAAAAAAAUCAAUGGUAUGUUUGAACGUUCUGCAAUGCAUUGCAAAUAAUACAAAUUCAUCCUACCGUGAGGUCGCCAUUCACCGCUCAUUUUAGGUCAAUCAUAAUCAUACCAACAUUAUCAAAUGCUAACGUAAUAAAAGUGAAUGUAACAUGCUGCCACAUUAAAAAAACUUUCAUUUCACCAACUUUCUUAAAAAAUGAUUUUCCACAAUGCGUUGCAGGGCAGUAUGGGAACUGUUCAGGGUAAACUGUGGGAGAAUUAUCCAACAGGUAUAAAAAAGUAAAACCCGUAAAAGAUUUAAUUUUGACAAAAUUAUAUGAACUGAACACCAUGAAUCUUCAAUACUGUGGUCAAUCAAAAUUAUGUGGUUUUUAUAAAUGUAUAUUUUAUGUGGCUCCAUGGAAAAAUAAUCCAGUGAGCGGUGAAUGGAUGCAUGAGCGGUAAUAGGAGCCAAGAGAUAACCCAUUUUAUUUUUUUUUUUCGGUUGUAAACAUAUUUUACGAUCGUUUUACAUUUUUUUUUCUAUAAUAAACAACAUAAUUAUUGAGUUGUUUAUGUAAAUUUAUGUACAGUAUUUGCCAACGUCGAUUUUUAAUGUCAUAAACUUCACGAAAAUGCCGUUAAAUAAGCGGUGAUUGGAGACCUCAUAGUACGACAAGAACUUUUUCAAGUUUUACGUGACUUUCGAACACUGCUGAAAUCAAACUUUAAGUUUCUUUCAAGUAGCCCCAUUUCCAUUUUUUACAGUUUGCAGCUUAUACUUAUGACACACAUGUGAUACAGGAAUCACUGUACAAUUGCGCUUGAAAUGAGUGCCACACUGAUGAUUCUCUCCGUUCAAGUCAGUCUUGUUAGAAUUUUCUUGACAUUGACUACCGUUGUACGUGUAUCACAUGUCUGUCUGGGAUAUUAAAGAUAAAUACGCAGGUAUACCACCAUGAAUAUUUUUUAUUUUGGGCUAUACCAACCACAAGUGGUGUUAUCAUUUUACAAAAUGUAUUUGCCAUACAAUGUCGUUUUCGUUUUUGAAACUGGGUUUGAGACAGGAUCGUCGGACAUUGUAUUAAAAACAAACACUGUUAUCUAACCCAGGUUGGAAAACUAAUUCGACACAAGUCAUCAGCCUUACCAUUGUAGGAUUAAAAGUAUUAUUGUGGUACAUAUGAAUCAAAAUGGACGCUACUGAAUUAUGAAAAAUAAAAUAACGUCUAUUAGCAUAAAUAUUAUGUUAUUAGAGUUUUGUUUUUGUUUAUCAUUUAGAAUAUAGGGUUCAUCCCAUAAAGCCGUGCGGUAUACGCGCAGCCAUUUAGCAAAACUAUCUUGGUGGUCUUUGGGUUCGAUUCCUGGUAGGGUACAAGUUAUUGCCAUAAUAAAAAUCAGCUUUAAUCCCAUGGGCGUAGAUCAAUUGGAAAAAAAACCUCUCGGGUAAGAACUGGGCAGUGUUCAUAGCCAAUAAGCUGGCCCUGAUAAUGAGGGUCACAACAAAAAAAUACAUAAAUUGGAGUUAUGUUUAUUCUUCCGAAAAAAUCUCCGAAAAGAAAAUAUUAUCCUUUAUACAGUUCUGAACAAAAAAUUAAAACAUAAAAUGUUCCCCAAACGCCAGCUCUCCGAAUGGUUCGUUUCCCCGAAAGUCAGUUCCCCGAAUGACCCGUUUCCUCCAAAAGAAUAAACAUUACAUUCUUCGAAUGAGUGUUAUAAAUUAUUGUACCAUUUAAUUCCGCCUUCUUUUGCUUAUCCUUGGACAGAUACGCGUAUUUCGACUACCACUUGUAAUCUUCCUCAGUGUGAGUUAUCCACUUAGAACUGUAUUAUAGAUUUCAGAACUACCAAUGAUUUUGCAAUGUGUAAAACGCAUCAUACAUUAAAAAAAGCACCAAAUUACAAAUUCCAAGCAGCCAAAUGAAAGCACGUGAAAGUUAGCAACUUGCGUUUGCAUUGAAUAUGUUAGCGUUAGUUAAUAUAUAGUAUUUAUCUAUUCAACUGUAAAAAGCUAAAAGACCUUGAAAUCGUCCCUAGAGAACCACCUAUACAAAAAUACUCUCACAUUCCUUUGCUAUAUUGCAAACCAACAGAAAAGUGAAUUAUUCAUCAAAACACUCACAUGUAAUUAAAGUAUUCGUUAUAUUACGUUAACAAAGGAGUAAAUAGCGUAAUAGAAUUCAAUUAGUUGUCAUAUUAGGUACAAAAUUUAUCUGAUUUUACACUCUGUGGGUAGAAUAACUUAAUCAUUAUGGACUAAAUAAACCAAAUAAAUUGUGUGUACUCCUACAUAGUAUGUCAUUGUUAGGUUAUUUCCUGUUUUUUUUUCAAUUAAACAUGAUUCUAUCAAAAUGCAAAUACAUUUUAAA